AUGUUCUCAGAGAAAGACGACGCUUAUGAUUACAGACACCCUCUUUACAUUGGUGAUUGGAGAAAGCCCAUCGCAUAUAUGGAUGACGAUUUCGCGAAUGAUGAUUUGGAUGGACCACACAUGAAGCGAAAAAUUACUAUUCUAAAUUAUCACCCCGAAAUCGAAGAAUUAUAUGGGCACGAUAGCAGAACGACACUCAUCACCGUCAUAGCUGCCCAUGGUCUUGCUGCGAGAACUAAUUUUCAGAAUCGCCUCGUAGGACUCGUUGCUAAUAUAACGAUACCGGCGCCGAUCGCCAUGUCAUUUCGUCGAUAUCACCUGGAACAUCACACUUUUCAAGGUGUGGACGGAAUAGACCCCGACCUACCAUUGGACUGGGAGAAAAGUGUCAUUCGUAGCAAUACAUUGUUUAAAUUGAUGUGGUUAAUCUUCUUUCCUAUCAUUAAUCUGAUUCGAAGCUUGGCCAUGUUUAAAAGUCCACAAUUUAUUCACCCGGCGGCUGCACGUUUCAUACAAGAACACUAUACCUUUGAUGACGGACAAGAAACCUAUUCUUAUUACGGAAUUCUUAACAAGUUUUUUAUGAACGUUGGUUAUCACAAUGAACACCACGACUUUACAAAGGUUGCGUGGUCUCGUCUGCCGGAGAUACGUAAGAUUGCGGCAGAAUACUAUGAUGAUCUUGCCUAUCAUACAUCAUGGUUGAUGGUUUUCUGGAACUUUGUCACGAAACGACAAUUCGGACCUCAAAGUCGUGUCAGAAGAAGUUUUAAAGAUCACAUGAAAGGACGGAAAAUGAUAUUGACACUGAAAAAAACCUUGAUGGAAGAAUGA